AUGCUCAAGUCGAAUGAAAGCAAGGGAUACAGCCGAUUUAGUGAUGUAGCAGUUAGAACUGGUAGCCAUGGCAGAGCUGGAGAGCAAAGUCUUCAUGAUGCUGCCGCAGCGAUAGUUCAAGAACCGCAAAAUAAUUUGCCUUUAUCUUCUGGUAAUUCGGAUCCCGGUUUUUCUCCUGUUUUACCUUUCAUUAAUCAACAGCCAGGCGAAAGACCACAGCAUGUAGAAUGGAUGCCUAUGCCUGCAGCUACGAUUGGUAAUUGCUCGCCAGGAUUGUCAUAUUUGCAGCCACUUCAUCAAUGGCUUGUUCAUUAUCAAGUCGAGCUAUUUGAAUUUUCUAGAAAUUUUGGCGUGGCUCAUAAAUUCUCGGUUAAGAAUCCAUCCGGACAAGCGGUAUACAUGGCUGGUGUAGUUGAAGACUUUGUCGCUCGCUGUAAUAGUCCAAGCCAUUUGCAUGAAGGGAGAAUUUAUGAUGUAAUUGAAGCAGAAAUUAUCCACUUUUCUUGGUCAGAUCAAUGUAAAUGUUGCUGUUGUUGUCGCAUGCCGGGUUACUUAAAUGAAAUCAAGGUCGAAUCACCGCCCGGCAAACACUUAGCUACAAUUAAGCAAACCGCUUCGAUGGCGUGUCCUUGUUUUGAAAUUAUGGAUAAUGCUGGUUACACACAGCUGAUGAUUCAAGGAAAUAAUGAUAUUCGUAAUGGACUGAAAGAUCCCAGAGACUUCAUAUUUGAGAUUCAGUUGGCGAAUAAAGAUCAGUCGAUUGUUUCGGUCGAUUUGGACAUAAACUUGAAGGCAGCACUCCUUAGUUUGGUUUUAUUUACAGCGAUCUUAAUUUUUGAGGAUAAGAAAUCAUUAGCAUCAAAGUAG